AUGCUUCCUGUUCCGGGAUACGAGCAGUUCUGCGACGACCUGAGCACACUCCUGUCGACAUAUCCGCCCUCAUUCAUCUACGUCCAGGACAUAGAAUCCAUCAGGACAACCUUCAACGUUAUCGACACGGUUCUGCGAGACGUAUCCCAAGCCACACCUCCGCAAAACACCUUCAAAGUCCACUACGUUCGUGUAGACGCCAUCUCCUGCUUCACGGCGCGUCUUUUCUUCGAGACCGUCAUCAACACGCUGGUAGGCUGGGAGCCCAAGUGGGAGGAUGGAUGCACGAACUGGAGUCCGGAGAACGAGCUGAGAUGGAACGAGAAUCUGGACACCUUUCUCCAUGGUCUGCGUGCUGCCCACCAACAUCUGUGCCAGCAGCAUGGAAUCGGGGCAACGGACAAAGGGAAGGGAAAGCAGAGAGAGGGAUCCUACGACGAUGUGCGAUUCGUGGUCGUGGUCGAAAGGGCAGAGAGGCUGAAGGAAAAUCUUCCAGACAUGAUCGUGCCACUGACGCGUCUUACUGAGAUGGCAAGGGUUGAUCUGACCGUUAUUUUUGUGUCGCAGGUCGGAUGGGAGCAUAUUCGGCCACCAUUAGGCGCGUCGCCUGAUCCUUACUUCAUGGAUAUUCAAGGGAUAUCGAAAGAUAACGUCGCGAAGAGCCUCAUAUCCAACUUCUCCUCCCUUUCCGUAUCCGAAGACAUCCUCAACAACCCCUACCACCCCGCUCUCGCCUCUCUCUACACCCACUUCAUCACAACGCUCUGCGACAUCUGCUUUCCAUUCACACACGAUCCCCAAGAGCUGCAAUACAUCGCAGCAGCGCGUUGGCCGGGGUUCGUCAAACCCAUUAUCGACGCGUAUAAGCAACAACUCGACGAGCAGAUGGACGAGAACGGGCUGGAGUUCACACCACCCUCAGAGGAGGUCCGCAUGCGCCUCAUCCGGUACUUCAAUCCAACGUUCACCAGCGCACUCGAAGCCCUCCUACCUCGCCUGACCAACGCGACGGAUUGGGCCAAGGCGAACGAGCCUCCGCCCAACCUGCUUUCGCUACCUCGCACCUCCACCGCCAGCACGACCUCAACCUCUAAACCUGACUCCUCGAACAUCCGUGCCCUGCCCCGAAUGUCGAAAUUCAUCCUCGUCGCAUCUUUCCUUGCCUCGACGAAUCCACCAAAGUCUGAUAUACGGAUGUUCGGCCGUGGGCUGGACGAGAAGAAGCGGAGGCGACGCGCGACAGCGAAAACCUCAGGGAAGACGAAGUCCGGCGCGCCUUCCAAGAUCCCCCAACGGCUGCUGGGUCCAACAGCAUUUGCUCUGGACAGGAUGGUCGCGAUUUUGGGAGGGCUGUUGGAGGAGAAUGACGUUGAUACCAGGAUGGGAGGUCUUGCGAAGGAGUUCAAGAUUCCUGGAGAGUACACGGAUAUGGAGAUUGGGAGGGUCGGGGUGUAUUCGAAUGUUAUAGAAUUGACUUCGAUGGGCCUCCUCCAUCGAACAUCGCCUCCAGACCGAUUGGACGGGCCUCCAAUGUUCAAGUGUGCAGUGUCGUACGAGACAACUCUCCUGCUAGCAAAAGAACUGGAUGUAGCCCUCAACGACCUCCUCUGGGACCCAAUGUAG